AUGCUGCACUACAAGGCGGGCACCUCCUACCUGGGCAAGGAGCUCUUGAAGACGUGCUUUGUGGUACAUCCUCUACCAGUACCCCGACCGCACCGAUGCCAUCCCCCUGCUCUCGGUGAACAUGUGGGGGAUGAGGGGGAGCAGUGCGGUGGCUGUCGGAGGUCCAACACCACGGAUCGGCCCCACGCCUUCCAGGUCAUCCUUGCCGACCAGCCGUGCCUGGAGCUGAGCGCCGAGAGCGAGGCUGAGAUGGCCGACUGGAUGCAACACCUCUGCCAGGCCCUGUCCAAAGGGGUCAUCCCCCAGGGCGUACCUCCCAGCCCCUGCAUCCCCUGCUGUCUGGUGAUCACCGACGACCGCCUUUUCAUGUGCCACGAGGAUUGCCAGACCAGCUUCUUCCGCUCUCUGGGCACAGCCGCGCUGGCCGACAUCAGCGCCCUCUCCACGGAACCGGGCCGGGAGUACUGUGUCUUGGAGUUCUCCCGGGACGGCCAGCAGCCCCUCCCGCCCUGGGUCAUCUACCUGAGCUGCACGUCUGAACUGGACCGAUUCCUGUCUGCACUGAGCUCCGGGUGGAGGACCAUCUACCAGGUGGACCACCCACACAAGGCCAUCCAGGAAGCCUCCACCAAGAAGUUCGAGGACGCCCUGAGCCUCAUCCACAGCGCGUGGCAGCACAGCGACAGCCUGUGCCGCGGCCUUGCCUCCCGGGAGCCCUGGUGCUGA